AUGAUGCAGUAUGCCAGGACAGACUCAGUGGUGGAGCAGUAUGCCAGGACAGACUCAGUGGUGGAGCAAUAUGCCAGGACAGACUCAGUGGUGGAGCAGUAUGCCAGGACAGACUCAGUGGUGGAGCAGUAUGCCAGGACAGUCUCAACAGGAAACAUGGGGUCCUCUGUGAGCUGUGUGACUGCGGACGGUCACACCUGUAGAAUAAAGAGGAGAAAUAACCAGAGAGCAGCAGAGAUGGCAGGCAUUGAGAUACUCAGGGACCCAAGGACUAGAAGAGGCAGUAUGGACAGACCUAUAAACUUGAGGCUGGUUCUUGUUGGGAGGACUGGAGAAGGAAAGAGCUCCAGUGGAAACACCAUACUGGGAAGAGAUGCCUUCAAAAGUGCUGCUGGUUAUUCAUCAGUGACCACUGAAUGCAGCAAAGAGAGAAAUAAAGUUUAUAACAGACAAGUUUCUGUGGUCGAUACUCCUGGCAUCUUUGACACCUUGCAGGCUGAUGAAGCAGUGAACAGAGAGAUCUACAAAUGCAUCAACAUGUCGGCCCCGGGGCCCCACGCCAUCCUGCUGGUCAUCAAGGUGGGACGCUUUACACAUCAGAGACAACAAGCUGUGAGGAGGAUGGAGGAGAUCUUUGGGAAAGAUUUCUGGAGGUACACCAUCAUCCUCUUCACUCAUGGAGACACAGUCCCAGACUUUGAAAAGAUGCUGAAGGAGGAGGCGGGACCAGAGCUGCAGGAGGUCCUGAAGAAGGCGGAGAACAAAUAUCAUAUCUUCAACAACAACAAAGCCAACCAUCGUGGUCAGGUCCUGGAUCUGCUGGAGAAGGUGGAGAAGAUGGUGAAUGCCAGUGGAGGAAAGUAUUACACCGACUCCACCUAUGAGGAGAGGCAGAAGAUGUUGAAUCAGAAGGAGGAGGAGCUCAGGAAGUUCUAUGAGAACAAACUAAAGGAGGAAAUAGAAGCUGUGAAGAGAAAGUACGAGAAGAUGCUGAGUGACACUCAGCUGGAGCAUCAGGAGGUGGAGGAGCGACUGCAGACUGAACUGCAGGAACUGAAACGUUAUUAUCGUGCUUUAGAGAAAGGAGUCCGUCAUGUUCUCGAGCAGACUGAUGACCUGUCUGAUGAAAUGAUAAAAAAGUUUCAUGAGACAUUGAAACUGAACUGA